AUGGCGUCCGGUUUCAGUUUCGGUAGUGCCUCAUCAGCAAGCAAUCCUACACAAGGAGACAUAUCUAAAGACGCCACUCUCCAAAAUGGACCGGAAGACAGCAUAUCAGAUCUUGCGUGGGCACCAGUCACAAACCACCUCGCAGUCGCGUCAUGGGACAAGAAGGUUAGGAUAUAUGAAAUUGACGACAACACCGGGCAAGGGGUGGGAAAGGCGGCGUUCGACCAUGAAGGACCUGUUCUGAGCUGUGCGUGGUUUCAGGAUGGUACUAAAGUCGUCGGCGGCGGCGCGGAUAAAGCUGCUCGCGUUCUCGACCUGGGCAGCAACGGCGCACCAGCCAUGCAAGUCGCCGCGCAUGACCAGCCUAUCAGAUGUGUUAAGAUGUAUAAUGACGGCCGCAACGACAUCCUGAUCACGGGUUCGUGGGACAAGACAAUCAAGUAUUGGGACUUCCGAUCACAGCAGCCCGUCGCGACCCUACAGCUACAAGAACGCUGUUACACCAUGGACAGGAGGAAUCAGCUUCUCGUUGUGGGCACUGCAGAUCGGUAUAUCAACGUGAUAAACCUCGAGAAGCCCACAGAGAUGUACAAGACGAUUCAGUCGCCGCUGAAGUGGCAGACGCGGGUAGUCAGCUGCUUCACGGACGCGUCCGGGUUUGCGGUGGGAAGUAUCGAGGGGCGAUGUGCGAUACAGUACGUCGAGGAGAAGGACUCAAGCUCAAACUUUUCCUUCAAGUGUCAUCGCGAUACCGAUACGACUCAACGCGACGUCUCAAAGGUCUACUCAGUCAACGCAAUCUCGUUCCACCCUGAACAUGGCACCUUCAGCACCGCCGGCGCAGACGGCACGUUCCACUUCUGGGACAAAGAUGCCAAGCACCGGCUUAAAGGCUACCCCAACGUCGGCGGAUCCAUCACAGCGACGGGCUUCAACGGCAAGGGCGACUUGUUCGCGUACGCGGUCAGCUAUGAUUGGAGCAAGGGCUAUGCGGGAAACAGCCCGCAGUAUCCGACGAAGAUAUGUUUGCACAAGAUCAUAGGAGAUGAGUGUAAGCCGCGACCGGGUGGGAAGAAGAGGUAG